AUGACAUCGCCCGGAGAUGCUGCUCCGGUCAGACCUCCGCCGUCCUUCUCGCCCGGCGUUCCGCGAGUCGCAUCCAAGACGAGAUACCCAGAUCAGCGCCGCGACUCUUCUCCAAAUCUAGAUUCGGACCUAGUAGACUCGAGAAUUGCCACGUCUCCCCCGCAACCCCCUCUCUCGGCGACCACUGCGGAGCUGCCGAUUAGAUCCGCAUCGCCCCAUGCUCGAUCUAUAAGAUCGUCAACGCCGCGAUUGGCCCGAUCCUCACUAGGUUCUCCGACGGAAGGACGACUGGAUGGUUCUGAAGAUAUACGCUCUUUGAUUAUACGCUCAUUCUCCCCGGUAGUCGGGGUUUACGCAUCGGUCGAUACUGAUGAACUAGUCAGACAAAAAGGCUUCGCGGGCGGCUUUUGGGAGCUGAUUCGCCCGUUUGGAGAAACGGUUCCUGGGAAGAUUGUGGUACGCGAUAGUGUCGGGGCAAGUCGUGGUUGGGAAGAUUAUGGAGUCCGGUUUGUCGACUUAGGGGGCAACCCACAGGUUUCCUCUGAGCCGAGAACGCCGCCUCUUACACAAUUGGAGGAAGCGCUACAGAGGCAAUUGGAAUCGCCAGAUGAUCCACUGGGAGGUAUACUACGGCCAAAAGAUUUUCUCAAUUUUCCCACAACAUCCCCUCUAUAUAAAUCAUUUCUGCGUCAGCUGCUAUCGGUCUCUUCCCCAACGCCGCAUGAGACUUUCCGCCACCCCGUGGCAAGCGUUAUCGUCAUUAGCUCACGAAACACAUCUCCCCUUGAGACUUUACGACGGCUGUAUGCGGACACCAGCAAUGGAGAUAGGAAGCUACCGGAGUGGGUCCAUCCCGAGUACCUCCGGUACUAUGUCCUGGUUCACGACGAGGAUCGUGAUGACAUCACGGAAUCAACGAAGCUUUACGACCAAAUGAAACGUCACUUUGGCCUGCAUUGUCAUCUCCUGAGACUACGCAGCAACCAGUGUGUUGUGACCGAUGACGACAGCUGCCAGGUGCCCGAAGCCGAAUGGCUUUCGCCUGCAGAGCGCCUGUCGGGUCGAUCAGAGCCCCUAGUAGACCUAGAUACAGAUGGUCUGCCAUAUCUUUUCGAGUCCGAUGUCACCGCCAUCAAAGCUUUCGUCCGGGAGCUGGUCGCUCAGUCCGUGAUACCGUAUAUGGAGAAUCGAGUAACGGUUUGGAAUGAUCAGGUAGCAUCACGAAGGCGUGGCAUCAGUGGCCGUUUCAUGUCAAUGUCUCGACGGUGGGCAGGUUUCGGGUCUGGUUCUCGGUCUAGUCUUAUCGGCUCUGGUGGUGGAACCAGUGGAAACUACGACCUUUCUCAUGGCUUCUACAAGCCAGAUGUGCCCGAGGCUAUUCUCCGAAAGAUGGCGGACUUUGCCUUCAUGCUGCGUGACUGGAAGUUGUCAGCAUCCACCUACGAACUCCUCCGGUCAGACUAUGCGAAUGACAAAGCGUGGAAGUAUCAUGCUGGUGUCCAUGAAAUGUGUGCUGUGAGCAUGCUUUUGAACCCUCUUUCCAUGCCUGGAAAAUCCAAAAUCAAUGAGAUCGAUCAAAUGAUUGAAACUGCCUGCUAUUCCUACCUCACAAGAUGCUCAGAUGCACCUCAUGCCUUGCGUUGCCUCUCCUUAUCCAUGGAAUUAUUAAAGUCUCGUGGAGGGUCUGGAAUCGAAAGCGCGGCUAGAUGGGCCAUGCGGGCCAUGGACCUAAGUUUAGUCGGCUCUAUCGGCCAGGCACUCUUCAGCGAAAGAAUUUCAGCUUGCUAUGCCUCCCGAAAUGCAAUCACCGGGGUCAGAUUUGGCUCUCGGCACCGAAAAGCGGGCAUGUGGAGUGUUCUCGCUGCAGACCUAUGGCUCAGACUAGGGAAGCCAUCACUGGCCUCUGCGUCUCUCGAAGAGGCCGAACGCCUCUAUGCGGAUGUUCUAGACAGCAACGGCGCAUUUCCCAUACCGGAAAUGCAAGCCUUCGUUGAUAACUUGAGACAUGCAGUGAAGCUUGAAUACCUCGAGUCGAGAGGUUUAGAUACUGGAGACGAGGUGGCGACGGCCGAUCCUCUAGACGCUUUCGAACCUGAGGAGACGAGCGAAAAGCUAGACAAGCGGAAGAACCGGAAAUCGCUGAUCGCUAACCCGAUGGACUCUGGCGGUCUCGGCUCUGUGCAAGGAGCGAGAGAUGAUGAUAACCCUGGAAAUGACGAUUUUGAACGAGCUUAA